AUGCUUGCCAUCCAGUCUAUGGAGGGCCCUCCUCGUCCACUUCCUGGUCCUCCUCCUCCUCUCGUUGGGCCAGAGCCUACUGAAGUUCGCCAACCAAAGCCCAAGACUCUACCCUGCAAGUACUGUAGCAAGCGGUUCAGACGUGUCGAACAUGUUCAACGACAUGAGCGCACCCAUACCAAGGAGAAGCCAUUCUCAUGUGGUUGGGAUCGCUGCGGAAAGACAUUCGGACGAAGAGACCUCCUUGUUAGACACGAGAAGCUCGUGCAUUUAAAUGAAGGUAGCAAGGACAACAAUCGACCUAGGAAGUUGUCGUCCAAUACAUCCUCAGCUUCACAUAAGAGUUCCAUCUCUGAGGGUCAGAUGAGCAAUGAGGCUCUCGGACAGCAACAUCUAAAUGUAUCGCGACCUCCGCCACCACAACAACCACUCCCGCAGCCACAACAGUUCCACCAUGGCCUUCCACCAAAUGCUCAACAAGGCCCUCAGGAUCCCCGGACUCAGCCCCGAACUGCGGCUUGCAAUCUUGACCUGCUCUCUGAUGCAGCCCUCGCGAGCUCAGUGACACCUGUCCAGAGAAAUGUUAAUGCAGCGCCUCUUCCACCACAUUCACCAGAUUCCCGAAGAAAGAGUAGCUAUGGAGAGUCCAUCGUCGCAUACACCACGGAGCGACCCCGGGAAGAUCAGCCUCUGGGAUCCGGAUACGUGCCUCAACAGCUCCCUACUGGCUCUUAUGAUGAUUAUAACCCUUUCCUUGACGAGCUGACCUCUUCGUCACAUUUCUUACCUCCAAAUUUUGAAAUCGAACAGCAGAUGAUGUAUUCUCGGAGCCAAGGAGGACCUUCGGGGAGAAGAUCAUCAAAAUCGUCCUUUGUGCCAGGCCGCUUCCCUCCGAUGCAAACUGAGGCACGAGAUCCUGCAGACCCUGGCGCUCGGGGUAUCGACGAAGCAGCACGACAGUCAGCCCUUCGUAUCUCAGUAUCCGACCACACUGUGAUUAAGAACAGACUGGAUGAGUUCUCGGCUGUUCUACCCAAUGACUUUGUGUUCCCGUCCAGGCACACAUCGACCAGAUUCUUGGAAGGAUAUAUCAGCGGACUCCACGAGCAUCUGCCCUUCCUUCAUCUUCCAACAUUUUCACCUGCCGAGGCCGCUCCCGAGUUGUUGCUUGCUAUCCUUGCCGUGGGGGCCCAAUAUCGCUUUGAGAAGAACAGAGGCUAUGCCCUUUGGUAUGCUGCCAAGGCUGUCGCGAUGGAGCAGAUUCGAAGAAGGCGCAUCUCGGAGGUUCACGCUUUAUUACCGACUGCUUCCGCUUACAGUCCUCAUUCCACGAGGCCCUCGCCAAGUGCCACAUACCGCCACUCGUUUGCAUCUGCACAGUCGGAGCGACCUACAACACAGGAUACUCACCGAGAGCCAUACUCUCCAAAUACUCCCCAGGCUCGGAUUGAGACCAUCCAAGCAGUUCUACUUCUAUUCGCUGUCGGUCUUUGGGGCGUGCCGACCAUCCUUCAUGAAGCGCUGUCACUGCAGAGCAAUUUGGCAAUUCUCAUUCGAGAAGAAGGCCUUGUAGCAGAAAUCAACCAGAGUGCUGUUAACGACUGGGAAACCUGGAUUCGACUGGAAACAGCCACAAGGACGAAGCUCGUUGCUUAUUGCUUUUUUAAUCUUUGCAGCAUUGCCUAUAACAUGCCCCCAUUGUUAUUGACAUCCGAGUUGAACCUCUUGCUCCCUCAAAGAGGUAAACUUUGGAGGGCUGAGACAGCUUGGCAAUGGCAGGAAAUGCGACAGUCGACGCCAAUGAUGGAGCUCACCCUGCAUGACGCCUUCUCACGACUUUUUGGCAGAACAAACCAGGGACUUCCCCAACAUCUGUCGUCACUGGGAAGCUAUGUUCUCAUCCACGCCCUCAUCCAGCAUAUCUAUCUUCUGAAGCAGACAUCUUUCGCAACUGGUCUGCCAUACAACAUCCACCGAACCAUGAAACCCGAAGAUGUCGAGGAGGUUACGCAAGCGCUGCGUGUAUGGCAGACGAGUUUCGAAGAUCAGCAUCAGCUGAGGGCAGCGGAAGCCGGACAUUACAACGCAUUGGACUCGAAUGUGGGAGGAACCUUGGAUUACACGGCUACAGCGCUACUGCGACAAGCCUACAUCCGACUCUAUACCGAUGUCACGCCGUCAACCGCGCUCGAGACCCGGGAUCCGCUUUUGGUGGCGUCGGCGCUGAGCAGGACCCCCUUGCUAGUACGGAGUCUAAGACUGCACCGGGCAGUGUUCCAAGCAUUCCACGCCCUGUCGAUGCUGGUUAAGGCUGGCGUCAACUACGUAGCCAGAACCAAGUCGGCCGAAUGGAGCAUUCAGCAUUCGCUGUGCAAUUUUGAAUGUGCUAUUUUGGUAUCCAAGUGGCUACUCACGAUUGCGGCUAUUGGGCCGCACGACGCUCCCGCUUCACCCGAGGAGAAAAACCUACUGGAUAUGGUUGGACGGAUGCUUGAUGAGACUGAAUUUGCGGUCCCGCCAAUCGACCCAUCUCUUUCGGGGCAGAACGAGGUGCCAUCAAGCGACAGUGCCAAGUUGCGACAACUGGCUGUUGCAGUUGUGCGACUCUGGGCAGAGACUUUCAAAGGAACACAUAUCUUUGAGAUUGUCAAGGUUAUGGGCCAGAGUCUCGAUGCAUACGCUGAUCUGAUCGAGAAGCCGAGAGACAGAAGUCCACCGGUCCGGUUGCUGGAGCCAAACAUCAACUGA